UCCACCCCAUGGGUGGAGUCUCGCUUUUUUCUUUCCAGUGUUGGCUGACUUACAGCUCCUAUAAACUAGUGGCAAUUUCUGCACCCCAGCCUGCUCCCUUUCAGUUUCUGGUUCCCAAGCCCAUGUGCCAGGGGCCGCCAGCAAGGAGACACUUCCCUGGGUGGCGGACCUUGGUUCCCUCUGGAAAUAUUCUCCUGCAAGUAUUUAUUUGUCUGAAUCAACGCAACCCCGCGCCAUGGACCUCCUCGGGUUGCUGAAGUCUCAGUUCCUGUGCCACCUCGUCUUCUGUUACGUAUUUAUCGCCUCGGGGCUAAUAAUCAACACCGUCCAGCUCUUCACCCUCCUUCUCUGGCCAAUUAACAAGCAGCUCUUCAGGAGGAUCAACUGCAGACUGUCCUACUGCGUCUCCAGCCAGCUGGUGAUGUUGCUGGAGUGGUGGUCGGGCACGGAAUGCAUCAUCCAUACAGACCCCCAGGCCUACCCCAAGUACGGAAAGGAAAAUGCCAUCGUGGUUCUGAACCACAAGUUUGAGAUUGACUUUCUCUGUGGUUGGAGCCUGGCCGAACGCUUUGGGGUGUUAGGGGGCUCCAAAGUCCUGGCCAAGAAGGAGCUGGCCUACGUCCCGAUCAUCGGCUGGAUGUGGUACUUCACCGAGAUGGUCUUCUGCACACGCAAGUGGGAGCAAGACCGCAAGACCGUCUCGCAGAGCCUGCUGCACCUCCGGGACUACCCCGAGAAGUACUUUUUCCUGAUUCACUGCGAGGGCACUCGCUUCACGGAGAAGAAGCACCAGAUCAGCAUGCAGGUGGCCCGAGCCAAGGGGCUGCCCAGCCUCAAGUACCACCUGCUGCCACGCACCAAAGGCUUCGCCGUCACCGUGAGGAGUUUGAGAAAUGUAGUUUCAGCUGUAUAUGACUGUACACUCAAUUUCAGAAAUAAUGAAAAUCCAACACUGUUGGGGGUCCUAAACGGGAAGAAAUAUCAUGCAGAUUUAUACGUCAGGCGGAUUCCUUUAGAAGAAGUCCCAGAAGACGAGGAUGAGUGUUCAGCCUGGCUCCACAAACUCUACCAGGAGAAGGAUGCCUUCCAGGAGGAGUACUACAGGACGGGCACCUUCCCAGAGACCCCCAUGGUGCCCCCCCGGCGGCCCUGGACGCUCAUCAACUGGCUGUUCUGGGCCUCCCUGCUGCUCUACCCUUUCUUCCGGUUCCUCAUCAACAUGAUCAGCAGUGGGUCUUCCCUGACCCUGGCCAGCUUUGUCCUCGUCUUCUUUGUGGCCUCCAUGGGAGUCCGAUGGAUGAUUGGGGUGACAGAAAUCGACAAGGGCUCUGCCUACGGCAACAUCGACAGCAAGCAGAAACGGAACGACUGACCCCGGACACAUCAGCACCCAGAGGGGACCUUGGGGACUGGUGGACGCUGUCAUCCUUAGUGGGACCCAGGGACGAAGCGGGGUGAGCCCCUGCUGGGAAGCCAGGGAGUCUGGUCUCGAUGCCAGAUGGGGAGGAAGAUGUUCUUAAAUCUUUUUUCCCCAUCACGCUUUAGUGGGUUUUGGUUUUCUUUUCGUGUGUGUGUGUGUGUGUGUGUGUGUGUGUGAG